CAAACUUCAGAACACGCUUCUUUGAAUGAUUAAACGGUGCUCCGCAGUGCAGAAGAUAUAAAGAAGUAACGCAUAAUUUGCUGCUCGAGUGCAUGUGAUAUACUUCGUUUUCUUUUUAAACAUCGAGAUACAAAUUGACUUCGCUUGAUUCAAUAAUUCGCUAAAAGCUUCAACAUGUAUCGUCCGGCCGGUUAUGACGAUUCCGAUGAGGAAGAUUUCGAUGAUUUUGGAUACAUGAGUAGCUCAUAUCCGAAGCAAAAACAAAAUACAGCGUUUAUGCAUGAGGCCAAGCAACCAGAGGAAGAUUAUGAUACCCUCCUGUAUUACGCCAUCCUCGAUGGGCAACUAGAUGAAACGAAACAUAUUAUCAAGCAGGAUGCAUAUUUGCGUGGCGGUGGAUUGCUUCGGCAAGGAUGGCCAGCUAUGUUUUAUGCGUGUUUCGAAGCGCAGCUAUCUAUAGUGGAGUAUUUCCUGCGUGAUGAAAAGAUGGAUGUGAAUCGCCAGUACAACCUGCAGACGGCACUCAUGAUCGCAUGCAGCUCGUCGCAAUCGUCCGAGCGUGUGUACCAAGUUGUGCGGUUGCUGCUGGAUUACGGUGCCAUUAUCGGAAUGUUGGAUCAAUACGGAUGUUCGCCACUCAUGCUUGCCUGCAAGGCAGGCCACCUGGACGUGGUGAAAGAAAUCGUUGGCGAGUCAUCACUGCUUUCGACCGAUAAUGAAGGUAACACGGCGUUGUUUUAUGCGGUGAACAAUAAUCACUUGGAGAUAGUGAAAAUUCUGCUCCGUGCCGGCGCUCAAACACACACCAUCAACAGGCAGGGCUAUACUCCGAGACAGUGUGCAAUCAACCAGAACUAUUUGGACAUUGCCGAGCUGUUUCCAUCCGAGGAGAAACCGUACGUGAUGCCGGCAAAGUACCUGUGCUACAGCGACUAUCAUAACUUCAUGCGUGGCGAACGGGCUGACGAUCCGCCCGGUUAUUUCCCUGACCUGGGACUAAUGCUGUUCGGUAUGAAUAGUGAAGGUUCGCUUCGGCUUUUCGCAGAUGCGAAUAUGAAUUUGUUCCAGUUUCUUACCGUAACCGAUGAACGGCUGCUCGAGCUUGGCAUGAAAUAUCCGAUUGAGCGAAAGCGCGUACUGCUUGGGCUUUACGACUUUCAUCUGCAUAAAUGGUCACGGAAUAGUUUAUGGACGAUGGAAAAACAGCGUAUUCUGGACUUCUACGAUAUCAUGGAAGUACUGGCCAACAUUCUUAAACAUCUUACUGUCAUGCAAGCAUCCUUGCUGUAUACAAAGAGGCUCACAGAAGCGCACGACUCACAAGCAUUCAGCAGCGCCGAGCAAAGUACCAAUCUUAAGAAACAGCUUGUUGGGCUACACGCAACGGCUAAGGAUUUUGCAGUUUAUAUUAAAACCAUCCAUGAACUAACCGCCCCAAAACCAGUGCUUUACAUUAUGCCUUCCAGCAAGGGUCGGCAACGUAAUGGUAAAUUGUUAAAAAUGUGUAGCUAUCUUUUUGUUGGUGGAAUGUUGGUCUACCUGAAGUUAAGAUGGUGACGAAGCACAGCAUGGAAAGUAUGUUCAGAACUAGCGAUAAUAUCAAAGAUACUUGUGGCACUGUGUGAAAUGAAUUAAACCAUCUGCAAAAACA